AUGACUCGCAACAUCUGCAUCACCGCCAGCGAAGGCCAGACCGGCUUCCUCAUUGCCGAGCUACUCCUCAAGGAGAGCAAGUUCGCCAAGCGAAUUGAUAGCAUCACCGGCCUGGUUCUCGACCCUACCAACCCAAAGUGUACGGAGCUCGAGUCCCUCGGAGCCAAGAUCGUCCCGCACCACCCUGGCCGCGAGCGCCAGAUGGUUAAGACUCUUAAGGAGGUUGGCUGCGACACCAUCUGCGUGAUCCCUCCCGCCCACAAGGACAAGGUCGACAUCACCAUCGAGCUGUGCGAGGCCGCCAAGAAGGCCGGCGUCCAGAACGUGCUGCUCAUCUCUGCUGCCGGCUGCGACUAUGCCGAGAGACGCAAGCAGCCCCGUUUGCGCGAGUUCAUCGACAUUGAGAACAUUGUCUUGAGCUCCAAGGGCGACCCGAGCGUCGAGCUGGGCCACUCGCCCUGUGUCAUCCGCGCUGGUUUCUACGCCGAGAACUUGUUGUUGUACUCUCAGCAAGCACAGUUGAACGGUACCCUCCCUCUGCCCAUCGGCGAGAACCACAAGUUUGCUCCCGUUGCUCUGGGUGAUAUUGCGUACGUCGCUGCUUGUGUCCUCGCUGGUAAGGGCAAGCAUGGCUUCGAUGAUCGCCACCGCGGCCAGAUGAUGAUUGUCACUGGUCCCAUGCUUUGCGCUGGAAAGGAGCUGGCUGAGGCUGCUAGCCAGGCUGUCGGUCAGAAGAUGGAGUUUGAGAACAUCUCCGAACGCGAGGCCAAGAGAAUCCUCAAGGCCCAAGCCGACAUCGACGACUCCGAGAAGGAGUAUCUCCUCGAGUACUACAGCUUGGUCCGCGAGGGCAAGACCAACUACGUUGUCACCACGGCCUUCCACGAUGUCACUGGGGAGCAGCCUACCCAGCCUUCCGAAUUCUUCCGCAUGUAUAGCCAUGAGCUGCGUCCCAAGAAGAAGGCCAAGACUGAUAACUCCACUUAA